AUGGCUCCCAAGGGAGGAAACGCGAAGAAAGAGGGUGGACGCGCGAAGAAGGCGGAGAACGAGGCGAAGAAGCAGCAGGCGGCAGAGGAUGCAAAGGAACGCGCUGAGGCAGCGAAAUGGUCUGACGGCGCCAAAGGCAAAGCUAAGAGCGUCGAGGACAAAGAAGCCCGCCGACAAGCCGAGCUCGCACGAAAGGCCGAGAACGCGCGUCUCCUAGCCGAAGAAGAGGCCUCCGCACCAGCGAAGAAAGCCGCCGCACCAAAGGCGGGCGCGAAGAAGUCCAAGCCUACGCCCAAGCCCGCUGGACCCGGUGCGAUCGCCGCGGGCGGGGGACUGGCGGCUGUGGCGGCGAAGGAGGACGACGUGCCGCCGGAGAAGAAGGAGGUGGAGAGUUAUGCGGCGACGGGCAUUGAUAAUGCGUUGGAUCUGUUGGAGGUUGUUACGGCUAAGAUGGAUAAGGCGAGCGUGGGAUCUAAGGCGGGCGAGAUUGAGAAGCAUCCAGAGCGACGCUUCAAGGGCGCACUCGAAGCGUAUACCGAACGCGAGUUGCCGAAUCUCAGGCAAGAGCAUCCCGGCCUGCGCUUGCAGCAAUAUAAGGAUUUGCUGUACAAGCAGUUCCAGAAGUCUCCAGAGAACCCGUUCAACCAGGCCACGGUUGCUUACGACGCGUCGAAGGAGGAGAAGGUUGAAGCGCUCAAGAGGCAGCAGGACGCUGUGGCGAACCGUUUGCGGGAGAAGUCGUGA